UUUCUGUUGACCUGUCCGAAGGGCAGUUUUGGGGCCGCUGCUAGUGAGUCUGUGCAGACGAGACAUUAGAUUUUAAUAUGGACAUCGGAUCAGUGAAUUCUCUUCCUUACGAGGACUUUGUGGAUGUUUUCGGUAACGUGGUGGAGAAAUGUCCACUCAUAACGGCCGCGGUAUGGUCCCGCCGUCCAUUCUCGAGCCUUGCUGACCUGGAGGCCAGUAUAAACGACUUCAUCGAUGCCCUCCCCGAAUCAGGUAAAGAGGGAAUCCUCAGAGUUCACCCCGACCUCGCGGGCAGGGACCUCCAAAGUGGGACUCUGACCCGGGAGUCGCGAGAGGAACAGGGCCAGGCCGGUUUGGACACGCUGACCACCGCCGAGGUCUCGCGCAUGACCCGGCUGAAUACGGAAUACAAGGAUCACUUCGGGUUCCCCUUCGUGAUCUGCGCGCGGAAGAACAACAAGGCGACCAUCUUGCGGCAGCUAGAGGAGCGGCUCCGGAACGAGCGCACCAUAGAGAGGGCGUGCGCCAUCGAUGAAGUGAAGAAGAUAUGUCACCUCCGUCUGCAGCGGCUCGUGGUCCCAGAGAUGUCCAACUAGCUAUGACUGACUGACGUGAUGACAUACGGUUUCGUGUGGUCUACCUGCUGAGUUGAAUGUGUUUGAAUAAUGGAUGCGUUAUUGUUGUGCGUAAAGGAGUAACACUGCCUAAAUGUGCUUAAUUUUACCAAGUGCCAAAAUUGAGCACAAGUAAUUAAAUAACUGCAGAUGGUUCAUUGAUUUUAUUCUGAUUUCAAACAUUAACUUUAAUUUGAUAAGUCAGAAAUUAUAGCUUAAUAAAGAUUUCAAAAAACA